AGUGCGGUCGUGGCUGCCAAUCGUAUCCUACUAAAAUGGCGGCUAGAACAGGUGACAGGUCGAAAUGGAGACGAAGAAAAUGCUCCAAAAGUCCUACAGAAGACGACAAUGAUUGUGCGAGCCUUGCAUGGUUAUUGAACUUCAGAUUGGACGAUUUCGUGAAUAUCAAAGUGCCAGACGAUGAGCCUGUGGUGAAAGAGCCGAAGGUGGAUAUUCCUGAUACACCGCCCGCACUGAAGAAACCUCCGUACACAUACCCAGAGCUGAUAGAAAAAGCUUUGCGAGAGAACGGGGAGCUGACGGUGUCUGCUAUAUAUCAAUGGAUUUCGGACCGUUUCCCCUUCUACAAAGCUAAUGAUGAACGCUGGAAGAACUCAGUAAGACACAACUUAUCCAUCAACCCGCACUUUCGGAAGGGUGCCAGAGCUCCACAAGGCGCUGGUCAUCUUUGGUCUUUGGCUGCCAACGCGAUAGACCUGCUGCCACUUAGGAACCCCAUGCUUGAAGAGAAGAAGACUGCUGAUGUUAUCGAAAAGACCAGGAUUUAUGGGUUCCCUAAGGUGAUCGUGUUGGAUGAAGCAGCCAUCGCAGCUGCCAGCAUCAUACCGGACCAAGACUUAUUUACAGGUAGCACAAUGUUCCUAAACCCUGUGUCGACGGAGCAAGUGGUCAGGGAAAGUGGGCUCAUCACAGUGGAUUAGAAGAUAAUGUUUGUGUCAAUUUAAUAUUAUUAUAAUAUUACACCAGACUCGUCUUGUUGAUUAUCAUGUUGGGCCAAAUUAAUUACCUAUGCAAAAUUACCUAUGAAAGAGAUAGGUAUCUUUAAACUUUGUCUGUCGUAAAACUUCCUUGAAUUAGUCAUAACCUAAACGGUAUUUAGGUAUUUUAAGUACAUACAUUUGGUCUGUUUGUCGGCAGCUGAGCUCAGUUCUAGGAAAUAGGAAAUUGGCUUAGCUAAAAUAUACUCUUCAUGAACUUCUUCCUUUAUUGCUGACCCAGAUGGUGAUUCGUUAUUUAAUGAUGGUGUGCUUUAGAUAAUAUAUGUAAUUGAUUGAAUACAAAAAACCUACUAUUAUAAUAUUAUCUUGCAUAUAUAUAUAAACAGUUUUCUCCAAAACAUUUCCUGAAUCCCUUGAGUAGUCAUCAUGAUUAUCGGCAAACUACAACAUAAUAUCAACAAAACGAGUCGAAUAAAUUGUUAAAUAUAAAUUAGUAAUUAAUAAACAACGGAAUGCGUUAGAGUAAUUCGGCGAUCUCAUACAGCUAGUGCGUAUUGUAAGGCUAUGUAU